GAUAGCGAGUGUUGUUGUUGUUGUUUGUUUGUCAGUAGUAAGUGUGUGAGUGGGAAGCGUUCAGUGAAUGGAGUGAAUCUGUGUUAUCAACACACUGGACACGGAUCUCACGCUGUCCUGCUGCUGCCCGGAGCUUAUAUCCCAUUGACGGCGGGAAAGAAGGGUAAAAUACGGGACUUUCCCGGCCAAAACGGGAUACUUGACAGGUAUGCUGUAGUGGCGUGUGACCCGAGGGGUUACGGGGGCUCGCGUCCUCCCGAAGACUUUCCUGCUCAUUUCUUCCACAGAGACCCGCCGUAUAGAGGGGAGAAGUUAGGACAUUUCCAAGCUCUGGGUUUCGCUCGUUUCUCUCUGUUAGGAUGGACUGAUGGUGGUAUCACCGCUCUGAUCACGGCUGCGUUGAAUCCCGCUCUCAUUCAGAAACUCGUGGUUUGGGGCUCCAAUGCUUACGUCUCAGAGGAAGACAUGCAGAUCUAUAAAUCCAUCCGUGACGUGUCAUUAUGGAGUGAGCGAAUGAGACGGCCGAUGGAGGAGAUGUAGUGUGCUCAGUACUUUCGUGACACCUGGGAGAAAUGGGUCGAUGGGAUCAGUCAGUUUACGCACAACCCACAGGGUAACAUAUGUAUGGAGUUGUUGCCGUUGAUUUCCUGUCCCACGCUGAUUGUUCAUGGGGCCAAAGACCCAAUGGUGACCUCUUUCCACCCACAAUACCUUCUGAAGAACAUCAAGGGCUCAAGGUUGCAUGUCAUACCAGAUGGGAAACAUAAUUUGCAUUUGAGAUACGCCAGUGAAUUUAACACACUUGUGGAGAAAUUUCUUUCUGAAUAAGCAGCAGAAUACAGACUCCAGAAUAUAGUCUAGAAGUGCAUUGCACAUGGUGAGUGCUUUCUAGGAAUAAAUACGACUUAAUGAAUUA